ACGAAAAUUAUCCAAAAAAUGAAAGAAAAUACAUAAGAAAUUUAGAUAUUGCUUGUUUAUUAGAUACUAGCAAUAUAACGAGUUGGAGGAAUACAAAAAGUACUUUGAUUGGUGUAGCAAGAAAUAUUGCUAAUAGUAAUAGUAUACUCACUAAGAAAUUAGAAGGUCAUUUAGAUUUAAGAGACUUUGAAAAUCUAAAUGACUUACGCUGUUUUAAUAACUUAUUAAAAAGUAUUGACUUAAAUAAUAAUUCUAGUCUGAUUCAUAUUGAAUGUCAAGGGAAUCGGUUACAGAAUGUUGAAUUUCUUGCUCAGUUGCCUUGUCCUGAAAAACUUGUUUAUUUAGAUAUUAGGAACAACAAUUUUCCUAUUCAGAAUUUAUUUUUUCUAAAUCCUUUUGAUAACUUAGAAAUACUUUAUAUAGGUAAUAAUAAAUUCUAUGGUUCACUAGAACCCUUGCGAAAUAUGAAAAGAAUAAAAACCUUAGCAAUUGAAAACACCGAUAUUAAGGAUGGAUUAAAAUAUUUGCCUUUAGAAGAAAUGGAAUCUUUUUCUUGUUCGGAAAAAAACACAAGAAUUUAUAGAUUUUGGGACAGGAAAAGUAGAUUAGAUGAAAGUGAGAUUAAAUCUAUUUUAAGAAAGAAACACAAUGAAUUAUUAAGCGAACUACUUGCUGAAUAUGGAUUAUUGAAAAAGCAAGUCGAGGAAGUUGUUAAUAAUAAAUUGAGUGAUGGUGAGUUGAUAGCAAGUGCAAAGUGUUUAAAUCAUGAAAUUAACAUUAGGGAACUUGAAGAAAACUUACGGGUAGCAGAAAAUAGUAAUAAAGAAUUAAGGGAAAAACUUGUUGAAGAGAAAGAAAGUAUAAAAAAGAAUAUAGAAGAAUAUUUGCACAAAGUUGAUGCAAUAAAAAAUAGCAAAGCAAGCCUUGGCAAAUCAAUUAUGAUAAACACUGGGGGAGCUUUGAUUAACGCGGCUGGAGCUAUUGGCGUUGGAAGUGUAAUAGCAAAAUAUACAGAAAGGAAAGAAGAAGAAAAAAGGCUUAAACCAUUGCAUGAAGAUGAAAUGGAACACCGCAAACAAUUGUUGCAAAUAUCCACAGAAGUUCACUCAACUCAGGUAGUGACAAUGAGACCUACCAUUGCUGAUCUGGCUGUUUUUCCAAUAGCAGGUGCUGGUUUGUCUGAAGUUAUUGGUGGUAUGACUGGUGAUAAAACAAAAGUUAAAUUAUUUGGUGAAGAAGAAAGUGGGGAAGGGCAAGCAGAAAUAAUAAUGGAGGUGAAGGAAGGAUUGGCAGACAUAGUAGAUGCUAGCAAAGAGUUAAUAGAGUCAAUAGCACAAAUAGUUCAAUGA